CAGGUUCCGACUAGUUGAAAUUUUCGCGCGGCUUUGUUCGGUGUUCACACUUCACAGAGAAACAGAGAGCUAUGUUGAUGGUGGCCACAACCGCACCGCCAAACUUGUUGUCGAUGUCUGCUCUUCCCCGCCACGAAAACAAAUCAAAAUCUUUCAGACCCUCAAAUGGUUACAUCUUCCUCAAACCCUCGUUAAAAACCCCUAUGUUAUCUCCAAAUUCGGGCCUUUCUCGUGCCCGAUUUCGCGUCUCCGACUCUCUCGCCGCACCCUCCAUCACCAGAGUUGCAGACAAGAACGCCAAGAUUAACAAGUACUGUGAAAUGGGUAAUCUGAAAUCCGCCAUGGAAAUGGUGUCCGGGGCUCAAAUAUUCGAGCUUGACUUGGAGGCUUACUGCUCCGUUGUGGAGCUAUGUGCUGGAAUGAUGUCGCUUCAAGACGGAAAAAAGGUUCACUCAGUUAUCUGUGACAAUGGUGUGGAAGCUGAUGGGCAACUAGGUGCAAAACUUGUGUUUAUGUAUGUAAAAUGUGGGGAUUUAAGAGAAGCGAGGCGGGUUUUCGAUAAGUUAUCGAAUGGGAAGGUAUUUGUUUGGAAUCUUAUGAUUAAUGAGUAUGCGAAGGUUCGUAAUUUCAGGGAAGGUGUGUACUUGUUUGGGAAGAUGCAGGAGCUUGGCAUCCAAGCAAACUCGUAUACGUUUUCAUGUGUUUUGAAGUGUUUUUCGGCACUUGGAUGUGUGCGGGAAGGCGAAUGGAUUCAUGGAUAUCUGUAUAAAUUGGGUUUCGGUUCUGAUAACACGGUUGGAAAUUCGCUGAUGGCUUUCUAUUUUAAGAAUCGAAGAAUUGAGAGUGCAUGUAAGGUGUUCGAUGAAUUGUGCGAUCGAGAUGUUAUAUCAUGGAAUUCGAUGAUAAGUGCGUAUGUGUCUAAUGGUCUUGCAGAGAAGGGGGUUGAGAUUUUCAGACAGAUGGUUUCUUUAGGGAUAGAUGUGGAUUUGGCUACAAUUAUCAAUGUUCUAAUGGCUUGUGUAGCCGGUGGGAAUCUUUCGCUGGGCAGGGCGCUUCAUGCAUAUGCAAUAAAAGCUUCUUUUGACGAGGAUGUCAUGUUCUGUAAUAAUGUUCUAGAUAUGUAUUCGAAAUGCGGGGAUCUGAGUAGUGCAAUCCAGGUUUUUAAGAAGAUGGGUGAGAGAAGUGUUGUGUCAUGGACUUCAAUGAUAGCAGGGCACAUUCGAGAAGGGCUUUCAGAUGAGGCAAUCGGAUUGUUCUCUGAAAUGGAAAGGGACGGUGUUAAUCCAGAUGCUUAUACAAUCACGAGCAUACUUCAUGCAUGUGCUAGUAGUGGCUCAUUGAAGAAAGGCAGGGAUAUUCACAACUACAUUAAGGAACAUGGCAUGGACUCUAGUUUAUAUGUCUGUAAUACUCUCAUGGAUAUGUAUGCAAAAUGCGGAAGCAUGGAAGAUGCUCACUCAGUUUUUUCUCGUAUGCCUGCGAAGGACAUUGUCUCAUGGAAUACCAUGAUAGGAGGUUACUCAAAAAAUUGUCUUCCAAAUGAAGCUCUUAAACUCUUUUCUGAGAUGAUGCAGAAAUCAAAACCUGACAGCAUGACAAUUGCCAGUAUUCUUCCGGCUUGUGCCAGCCUAGCAGCUCUAAAUAGAGGUCAAGAGAUCCAUGGUCAUAUAUUGAGAAAUGGAUACUUUUCUGAACGGCAUGUUGCCAAUGCACUUGUCGACAUGUAUGUCAAGUGUGGGGUACUAGUUCUUGCACGAUUACUUUUUGAUAUGUUUCCCGUAAAAGAUCUGAUCUCUUGGACUGUGAUCGUUGCUGGAUAUGGCAUGCAUGGAUUUGGAAGGGAAGCUAUUGCUGCCUUUAAUGAGAUGAGAAAAGCAGGAACAGAACCCGACGGCGUUUCCUUCGUUUCAAUACUCUAUGCUUGCAGUCAUUCGGGAUUACGCGAUGAAGCAUGGAGAUUCUUCGAUACUAUGAGAAAUGAUUACGGCAUUGUUCCCAAGUUAGAGCACUAUGCUUGUAUGGUGGAUCUCCUUUCCCGCACGGGGAAUCUAACCAAGGCUUAUAAGUUUAUCAAGACGAUGCCGAUUGAGCCAGAUGCAACAAUCUGGGGUUCCUUGCUCUGUGGUUGUAGGAUCCACCAUGACGUGAAACUAGCGGAGAAAGUCGCCGAACAUGUUUUUGAACUAGAGCCCGAAAACACAGGGUACUAUGUACUUCUGGCGAACAUAUAUGCAGAGGCAGAAAAGUGGGAAGAAGUGAAAAAAUUGAGGGAGAGGAUCACUCGGCGAGGCUUGAAAAAGAAUCCAGGCUGUAGUUGGAUAGAGAUCAAAGGCAAAGUUAAAAUCUUUGUUGCUGGAGACAGUUCGCACCCACAAGCUGCAAAGAUAGAGUCCUUAUUGAAGAGAUUACGAUUAAAGAUGAAGGAAGAAGGCCAGUCUCCGAAAAUGCAGUAUGCUUUGAUUAAUGCAGAUGAGGCGGAGAAAGAGGUGGCCCUCUGUGGGCACAGUGAGAAGUUAGCCAUAGCAUUUGGGAUGCUGAACUUGCAACCAGGGAAAACCAUACGGGUGACGAAGAAUCUACGAGUAUGCGGUGACUGUCAUGAGAUGGCCAAGUUCAUCUCCAGGACAUCUAGGAGAGAGAUUGUUUUAAGAGACUCGAACCGCUUUCACCAUAUGAAGGACGGGAAUUGUUCUUGCAGGGGUUUCUGGUAAUCUGAAGUUGGAGUUGAAGUGUAAAUCACCUCCCCUUCACUCCGUUGAUUGUCCUGUGCAUGAUUUGGUUUAGUUUGAAGGCAUGCUAUGCUUGUUCCCCAGUUUUGACGUGACUGAGAUUGGAAGGGUGAAUCAAGCGUGGAUAUCAGCUAUUUUACGGCAGUUAAUCGGCCGUCGAGAUGCAGGGUUUUUUGUAAUUUGAAACAUCGUCUUGUAAAUUCACAGCUAGAUCAUAGAGCAAAGGGAAAAGUUGGUAAGCUCUAUGGAAAUUAGUAAAUUUCCCUUUCGAAAAAGGAAAGGUUUGUGUUUUUAUUACAAGAUUGUUUAAAUUUUGCCUAAUUUAUCAUUUGAAAUUAGUGGGGA